AAAUUGGCUGUAAAGAGUGGUGAGUCAGAGACCUCAAGCAGCAGGUGGCUUGGGCCAUGGCCUCCGACCUAGACUUCUCACCUCCUGAGGUGCCUGAGCCUACCUUCCUGGAGAACCUUCUACGGUACGGACUCUUCCUGGGGGCCAUCUUCCAGCUCAUCUGUGUGUUGGCCAUCAUCGUACCCAUUCCCAAGUCCCACGAGGUGGAGGCAGAACCAUCUGAGCCCCGAGGUGCAGAGGUGACAAAAAAGCCCAAGGUUGCUGUUCCUUCUGCCAACAAGAGGCCCAAGAAGGAGACCAAGAAGAAGCGGUAGAAGUGGAGGAGCCAGGCGGGCCUUGGGGAGCCUACCCGGGAGUCAACAUCUGUUUCCAUUCUGCAUCCCAGGAUCAGGUCUGAGGUGGCUGUCAUGCCCUCUGACCACAGAGAGAUGGACAGUCAUGGCAACCCCAAGCUCCAGCUACUUCCUCUUCCUGCUGCCUCAGUGGUGGUUUAGAGUUAGGGUACUGAAAGGCCUGGGAGCACACCCUGUGCUGAGAGGGUUUCUCAGGAGCCAGGUGAGCCCACAGUUACGUCUUCAUAUGUGAUCAACAGAUCCAGACAGUUUCCCCCGCUGUGGAUUCACAUUGGGUUUGGAGUCGUCGUCUCAAGCAGACAGGCACACCCUCUGCCAUUGCUGUGAACUGCAGGUCUUCCCGGCUCACUCAGCAUCUUUGUUUCUGCUGUGUGAGUGGAGCCAGGCCUCACCUGUGAGCUUAGGUCAGGACACCAUGGCCAUGCAAUGAUAGUCUCUCAUUGGCUGCAACAACCAGGUCCCAAAAUGCCUGGUGCAAGAGUCCCAGAAGGCCUGAGCCAGAGGAACACCUGAGUUCUCCUUUAGCAUGUGGAAGGGAAUUGACUAAAUGAGUUUAUAUUUCUUGAGCAUAAACAUUCUGAGCUCCUGAAGUAGCAGGCUUGUCAAUGUCAGACCAACCUGUUUUCAACCCUUCCGGACACAUUCAAGGUGUGCCUUUGACUUCUACCGUACCUCCCCCUCCCUGUCAGUUCUUUCAUCCCCUGACCAUUAAGGAAACAUUAUUUGGGGAAGUAAAGGUCAAUAAAUGGUUCCAUAUGCUGAA